AUGGUAUUGGUAAUCUUAUCUGGAAUCUUAGAUUUAAUGACAUGGAAGAGGCCAAUGAUGCUUUUGGCUAACCGAUUUGCUCUGCUGUCUAUCAUCUGUGUUCUGGUGAACCUGGCCGGAUUUAUAUUAGGAUGUCAAGGUUUUCAUUUUGUGUCCAGUGUACCCAGAUGCGAUUUGGUGGAUAUGGGUGAAAACAAGAUAUGUUUCUGCUGUGAAGAAUUUCACCUGGCUAAAUGCACAGAGGAAGAGGCUGCGCUGAAGCUAUACCACGCGAAGUCAUGCGGUGCUACUCACCUUCUUCUCAAGAAUGUUCUCUUUGCUCUUUGUGUCCUGAAUGCUCUCACCACCACAGUUUGCUUGGUAGUGGCUGCCCUGCGUUACUUACAGAUUUUUGCAACAAGAAGAUCCUGCAUAGUAAGUGAGUGCAAGAUUGAAGACCAAGAUCAUGUUUUGGAUCCUGAUGAUUUUGUCCCACCUGUGCCGCCUCCCUCCUAUUUUGCAACUUUUUAUUCUUAUACUCCACUAACGAGUCGCAGGAUGCUUGGCUCUGAUGUGAUUCCAUUGCCCCAUAUUUACAGAGCGCGAAUCAAAGGCGUUGAAGUGUUCUGCCCGCUGGACCCACCUCCUCCUUACGAAGCUGUGUGGAGCCAGAACAGCUCUGAGCAGGACGGUGCACUACAAAUAAGUGUCGUGGAAGUUGUUGAUUCGGGGGAAGUGACUGACAGGCAGGGGGAAGUGACUGACAGGCAGGCCUCUCAAGGUGAAGAAAUUCCUGAGUCUUCCAGCAGAGUGAGCCUUUCACCUUCAAGUGCCAGCCCGGUGCCUGCAGAAGGAGCAGGCAGGAGAGCCUUCAAUCUCUUGCAGAAACGAUCUAAAAGUGACCCUGUGCUCCACUGCCGAUUGCUUCAAGGGGCAGUGCUCAGCUGUGGAGCUGCAACACAGUCUGAAGGAAAACCAAAACCCUGCGCUGUCACCUUGCAGAAGAGUUUGAGAGCAAGAGCUUUGAGGAGAAGACCCCAAUCUUUGAUAGACUAUAAGACUUACAUAGACACUAAACGGCCCGUGGCAUGGAUCCUAGAGCAAUCCUGCUGCAGCAUGGGCCCUGACAUACAUGAAUUGGUGGAAAGUAUCAAGUCUGUUUUAAGAUCAGAUGAGAAACUUAUGGCAGAAGCUAUCACCAGUGCCACCUUCCUUGAGCAGAUGAUGGCGGCUGCCCCGCAAGCCAUGUCACCGAGCGCCCACGUGCUACCUUUCAGACGGCACCCUGGAGUGCUGCACCUGGAGAGCUGUGGUGACCUGAGUACUUUCACCGCAGAUGAUCAGCCAGCAGAGAGGAGGAUCCAGAGAGCAGAGCAUGAACGGCCUCACAGUCUUAUUGGCGUUGUCAGGGAAACUGUACUGUGA